AUGAUCAAAGUAGUAGUAGUGUCAUUAUUUCUACUGUUUUUACCAUCAAUAUCAUACACUCGUGGUACUGGUUCAACAUUUAGCUCGACAAAUAUGGACAAAAAUUGUGGUAAAACAAUUACGAUGAAUGGUGAUAAAUUGCCGGGAACAUUCUUUAGUUUCAGUUCAGGUACCUAUGCAGAAAAUCUCAAUUGUACUUUAACAAUCAAAGCAUCAACAUUAAAUCAACGUAUUAUUGUUGUUAUUGAUAAAAUGGAUAUUGCAUGUAAUGGUGAUAGACUUGUAGUGUAUGAUGGAAAAAUAGAUCAAGAAGCAAUAUUAAAUAAAAAUCAAUCACAACAAUGUGGAAGAAGCAAAUAUUAUCUACGUGUACAUUAA